AUGAGCUUGCUGGCAGUCAAUACAGUCGACCGGCUGGAUCGGCCGAGUGCCUACUAUAUUGGAAAGAAUAAGAGACGCCGACACGAAGAGGAACAGCGCCAGCACGACCCAGUGGACAAGCUGAAGGAUGCGACUACGCUCUACGUUGGCAACCUGUCAUUCUACACCACCGAGGAACAGAUCCACGAGCUCUUUGCCAAAUGCGGCGAGAUCAAGCGGUUGGUGAUGGGGCUCGAUCGGUUCAACAAGACGCCGUGCGGGUUCUGCUUCGUCGAGUACUACACCCACCAGGAUGCACUGGAUUGUCUGAAGUACGUGGGCGGGACUAAGCUGGAUGAGCGGAUCAUCCGCGCAGAUUUGGAUCCUGGCUUUGAGGAAGGGCGGCAAUACGGUCGCGGCAAGUCGGGCGGCCAGGUUCGCGACGAGUACCGCGAGGAAUACGACCCCGGCCGUGGUGGAUACGGCCGAGCCUACGAUGAGCAGCGCCGGCGCGAGGAAGAGGAGUACGGCAUGGGGAGGUAG